AUGCCCCUCACUGUGGAAAGUGCUUACAAUGGCACAGACAGAAAAGGGAAAACUCCACCUCGGAAACCUUCACAGUGUGUAACAGUGAAUGGAAUGAAGAGUUGGUGGAUGGCCAGUGCAGUACAGGGCACUACUAAAUCCAGACAAAUCACUCUCAGCAGAGAGCAGCAAAAGACUAACAGCUUGACUACAGGUCUAGGAGACUCCAAGCCAAUUAAGGUACUCUGCAGCAUUUUUGCUGAAAUCAGAAAGCCCACAAGCAGGGCUUCAACAGUUUGCAGAAGUAAUGAGACUACUCAGACUGUUUUCCCCAAGUUUGUGAUUCUGCAUGUUCACAGUGAUGCAGAUGAAGCCAUUCACAUCCAGAACCUGUUGCAGAAUAAAUUUUGUGUUAAAUCUGGGAAAAUCUUUGCAGCAAUACCUUUUACUUUUCUGAAUGGAUCUUGGCAUGAGUUUCAGUCUUUCACCUCCCUUGCUAACGUUCUUAACAUCAUAAAUUACAAUUCAGUCAUACCUCUGAGGCCACUGAAUAGCCCAUUUAGCCAGGAGAAGACAUUUGUUUUGCUUUUGCAGGCUGCUAAUGCACUAUAA